AUGGUUGAGAAAUGUGAUGACAGACAGUGUCAUCAGAGAACCCACACAGGGGAGAAGCCUUUUGAAUGCUCAGAGUGUGGAAAGAGAUUCAGUCAGAGUGGCAAUCUUCAACAGCAUCAGAAAACCCACACAGGAGAGAAACCUUUUGAAUGCUCAGUGUGUGGAAAGAGAUUCAGUCGCAGUGGCGAUCUUCAAAGGCAUCAGAGGACCCACACAGGGGAGAAACCUUUUGAAUGCUCAGUGUGUGGAAAGAGAUUCAAUCGGAGUGGCUAUCUUCAAAAGCAUCAGAGGACCCACACAGGGGAGAAACCUUUUGAAUGCUCAGUGUGUGGAAAGAGAUUUAGUCAGAGUGGCACUCUUCAAAAGCAUCACAGAACCCACACAGGGGAGAAGCCUUUUGAAUGCUCAGAGUGUGGAAAGCGAUUCAGUCGGAGUGGCAAUCUUCAACAGCAUCAGAAAACCCACACAGGAGAGAAACCUUUUGAAUGCUCAGAGUGUGGAAAGAGAUUCAGUCGGAGUGGCAAUCUUCAACAGCAUCAGAAAACCCACACAGGAGAGAAACCUUUUGAAUGCUCAGAGUGUGGAAAGAGAUUCAGCCGGAGUAGCAAUCUUCAUUGUCAUCAGGGAACCCACACAGGGGUAAAACCUUUUGAAUGCUCAGAGUGUGGAAAGAGAUUCAGAGGGAGUGGUAAUCUUCAAAGGCAUCAGAGAACCCACACAGGGGAGAAGCCUUUUGAAUGCUCAGAGUGUGGAAAAAUAUUUAGUCAGAGUGGCAGCCUUCAAACGCAUCAGAGAACCCACACAGGGGGAAAGCGUUUUGGAUGCUAUGAGUGUGGAAAGAGAUUUAGUAGGUGUAGCAGUCUUCAGUAUCAUCAGAGAACCCACACAGGGCAG